AAACUAAUGUUGUUUGUACAUCUGUAAAGCCUAAUCACUAAAAUCAUUAAACAUUAAUCCAUCGUCUUUAAACUAAAUUCACACUCUGACGGUCCAUAAAAAAUAAAAUUGGUUCAACCAAAUCUAUCAGCGUUUUAAAUCAAAUUAUUAAUAUCUUGGUCAGAAAGAAAACCAUAAUAAAUAAACAAGCAUUGAACCCAUUGCUUGCAUUUCCUUCGCCACCUUUACCUCUUCACCAUCCUUUCUAUAUAUCAUCAUCUUCCUUGCAAUUUUUAAGGUCUCUUUGAUUUUCUUCCCUUUUUUCACCACCCCCAAAACCCACGAAAAAAAAAUUGUGGUAAGAAGAUCGGGGUAUUCGUCUUCCUUUCUUUUCCUUCAACCUUAAAAGCAUCGUCCACCGGACGGCGGCGACGGUUAUGGCGCCCCGUCUCUUUUCGUGCUUCGGCCGACGCGGCUCCGCCUCGUCAUCUUCACACGAGGAGAUCGCCACCGCGGAUAUCUCCGCAGAGGAGCAGAGGAGGGGUGGCCCGGUGGUGGUGGAGCUGUUCUCGUCCCAGGGUUGCGCCACCUCAUCGGAGGCGGAGCUGCUCUUCUCCCGGCUGGGGAGAGGUGACUUUAACCUGGAGGUGCCGGUGAUACUGUUGGCGUAUCACGUUGAUUAUUGGGAUUACAAAGGCUGGAAGGACCGUUUUGCGUCGAGUUUAUGGACUGUUCGGCAAAAGGCCUACGUUGAGGCCCUAAACUGUGAUACUAUGUUCACGCCCCAAAUCGUGGUUCAGGGCCGGGCCCAAUGUGUUGGAAAUGAACAAGAUGCGCUGUUAUCCUCCAUCGCGUCUGCAUCAAGGAUCCCUGCUCCCACCUUCCAGGCCACAUUCCAGAUGCCCACACCAGAGUCAUUGCAAGUCUCCAUUACCGGAGCUCUAAGAAGUAAAGUGGAUCAUCAAGGUGUGAACAUCAUGGUUGCUCUGUAUGAAAGCGGUUUGGUAACUGAUUGCCAAAAUGGAGAAAAUAAAGGCCGUGUCAUUGCCAAUGACUAUGUUGUUCGGAAACUUGAGAAGCUUUGCUUUGUUAAAGAUAUAUCCGCGAAGAAGACCAUUUCUGGAACUGUUAACUUCUCUCUCUGGGAGGGCUUCAACGGCAGUAAAUGUGGAGUUGUAGUUUUCGCACAAAGUGCAAACCAUCAGAUUUUUGGUUCGCAGAAGUUUCAGUUGCCAGAAAAUCUUUGAGGAUUGUGAUUUAAAUCCACAGAUGUGAACUGUAAGAUUUUUGAAAAAGCUUGCAGUGAUCAAAGACUUCCGCCUUUUCUUGGAGCUGUAAACUCUUGAAUGAGAGCAAUUGAGCUUGUAUGGUUUUGAGACCAAUGAAGGUCGAAGUUUUCCUGCUAUUAUUUUGUACAGAUUCGUAUUUAGGGUUAGCAUAAUGGCUUGUUUUUCGUUUGCAUCUUCUCGACUGCUGGAUUUUGUGUUCCAUUAAGACCUCCAUCUGUAGGUUUCCAUUUAACACCAUUGCAGGGUUGGCGAAGUUUUGUCCUUUUUCUAUUCUUCCCCAAUUUGAUCAUCCUGAGCUAUGCCGCAUUAGGGCACGAGUCCUUGCAAACUAAGAGCCAUGAUAUAACUUAGCAGGUCUUGUUAACCGACCUCCAAAGAUAACAUCUACCAUAUUUAAUCAUAGAAGGGAAAGAACUUCAACUGGUUUUGAAGCAGUUGCUAUAAUACUUGUCAUCACGCCAAACGAAACAGCACGAACCUACUCAUCAUUAUACAUGACAAUUUAUCCAAUAUGUUGGACAACCAUAAUGUCAAAAUAAUAGUGUGUUAAUGAUGUAAAGAUGUUAUCAGAUUGGAGCCCUCUUUGGGCACCAUAUUUGGCCACCAAAACCAGUAAGCUUAGAAGGCUGACCGAUAACACAAUAAUACACGAGAGCGAGCUUCUUACUAUCACCAAUUUUACAUAAGGAAAUAGGACUACUGGGAUGAAGGAGCGACUGGUCAUAAACGCCCAGGCACAUGAAUCAUUGUGCAAUUAAUCACUAACUCAAUCUUUCAAUGUAAAAGUUUCCAUCUCUGAGAGUUGACACAUUUGAAAAAGAAAGAUGCAAAAUAUCUACAAAUCCAAAAUGCCCAUCAUCUCUACCACUUCACCUUUACCUUAAGAAAAUUGUCUUAUUCUUCUCUACACAACACUUUGGACCUGCUACUUCAUCCCUGUCCUAUAUCCCACAGAAGCAAACCCAAAUCUAGAAAGAGGGUGGGGUGACUGUUUAUGUUUUCAAUUCAACCUAAAGAAAAUCCUCCCUGGAUAUUGUUUAGCGCCUUACACUGAAUCUACAGCCUCAACCUGCUGCCGAGCAAGAUAUUUCUCCCUUCGUUCUUUCUGCGAAACAAAAGAAGAUAACUUAACUACCACUGGAAUAGACACACAGGAUGAUAACUGAAAGUAUCAAGAUCCCCAGUAUGUCAACAAAAUGAAUCCCAUGUACUUACCCACUCAUCUAUAACAAGACCUU